GGUGAUCGGUGAUUCUGACGUUUCAAUGACAUUUACAAAAAGUGAGUGAAGUUUCGUUCGCGAAUCAAAACUGCAGUGCAUCGUAGAAAAGUAAUUUUUGGCAUAGCAAUUUGACUAAUGAACACAAAACUGUGCUGUCUCAAUUCCUUUUUGGAUUAGCAUCGCAGAGCUUGCGGAACCACAAUGUCCUUGAAGCCAAAACGGAUAGACUUCGAAAAAACCUGGAAUGAGCUGAAAGGAACAAUCAAAGAGGUUGUGACCCUCGGUAGGGUAAACCGCGAAGAAUGGAACAGCCGAUUCGUGGAUAUCUAUUCGAUAUGUGUUGCCCAUCCAGAACCACUUGCGGACAAGCUUUAUUCCGAAACAAAGGCAUUCCUGGAAGAGCAUGUCCGAACACUGUUGAUGGAAAAGGUGCAACAGCCAUCGAUGGGCCCCAAGAAUUCCGAACAGUCGUCUUACGCCUUGCUACAACGGUAUCACGAUGCCUGGGCACAAUACAGUAAAGGUGUGGAAUAUUUGAAUCAUCUCUAUCUUUACCUAAACCAACAGCAUAUAAAGAAACAAAAGUUGUCAGAAGUGGAAGUGGUUUAUGGUUGCAUUAAUCAUGAUUCCCAGGAACAGCUAGAAAUCGGGGAAUUGGGUUUGGACAUCUGGCGACAGCAGAUGAUUGUGAACGUGGGCGAUGCCUUGGUUGCCCAGCUGUUGGAAGGCAUCAGAAACGAUCGUCUAAACACCGCUCAACGAUCCGAUAUGGAGCACAUCAUAAAGGGAACCAUCCAGAGCUUCGUUUGCGUUCAGGAGUACAAGAAGAAAGGUUCACUGCAAUUGUAUCAGCAGACUUUCGAGACUCCAUUACUACAGGACAGCGGAGAGUUUUACAAACUGGAAGCAAACAGAUUAUUGCAGAUGUGCACUGUUAGUACCUACAUGGAAGAAGUAAUAAAGAAGCUAGAUGAAGAAAACAGGAGAGCUUUGAAGUAUCUGCACAACAGUUCAAUUCCCAAACUGCGAAAGGAAUGCGAGCAAAGAAUGAUAACCGACCAUUUGGACUUUCUGUACUCGGAAUGCAGUGAAAUGGUAUCAUCUGAGAAAAAGAAAGACCUCAAGAAUCUCUACACGAUACUUAAGCCAAUUCCGGAUGCGCUGAAAACGUUAGUUCAAACUUUUAUGGAGCACAUUAGAAACGAGGGGACUCAAAUGAUAUCUACAUUAAAGGGAGAAACGAUUCACGUGCAAUUCGUAGAAGGAAUGCUGCAGGUUCACGAAAAAUAUGAAGUACUCAUAGCUGAUACGUUCAAUUCCGAUCCAGUGUUCCUGAGCGCUCUGGAUAAAGCAUGCUCGAACGUCAUCAAUUCAAAGCUCUGCGAAAAGCAACCUAGCAAAAGUGCCGAACUGGUGGCAAAGUACUGUGAUAGCUUGUUGAAGAAAUCCAAGACCACGGAACUAGAAAUCGAAUCAAAGCUAACCAAAAGCAUAACUAUCUUUAAGUAUAUUGAAGAUAAAGAUUUCUACCAGAAGUUUUACAGUAGAAUGUUGGCGAAGCGACUCAUCCACGAUCAGUCACAAAGCAUGGAUGCCGAGGAAAUGAUGAUCAACAAACUGAAGCAGGCUUGUGGGUAUGAAUUCACCAAUAAACUGCAUCGCAUGUUCACCGACAUAUCCGUGUCGGCAGACCUGAACACAAAAUUCGGCCAUUACUUAAAGCAGCAAAAUAAAGAACUAGGAAUCAAUCUGACCAUCAAAAUUCUUCAAGCCGGUGCCUGGCCGUUGGGUCCCACACAAGUUACAACGGGCUUUGCGGUGCCUCAAGAGUUUGAGAAGCCCAUCAGAUUAUUUGAAAGUUUCUAUCACGUGAAUUUUAGCGGGCGAAAGUUAACUUGGUUGAACCACCUUUGCCAUGGGGAGUUGAAAAUAUCCUUCGCGGACCGAAACUACAUGGUCACUAUGCAGACCUAUCAGAUGGCAAUUCUGUUGCUGUUUGAGUCUACGGAUAGUUUGCAAUAUAAGGAAAUACAAGAUUCGCUGCAAUUAAACAAGGAUAUGUUGCAGAAACAUAUUCUUAGUCUUGUGGAAUCAAAACUGUUGCUGUCCGAUACGGAGGGCGUUGACGAAAACUCUAAGUUGUCUUUGAACAAGAGUUAUACGAAUAAACGAACAAAGUUCAAAAUCACUGCUGCCUUGCAGAAGGAAACACCUCAAGAAAUUGAAAAUACUAUUAACUCUGUCGACGAAGAUAGGAAGAUGUACUUGCAGGCAACAAUCGUCCGUAUAAUGAAAUCCAGAAAAGUCCUGAGACACAAUGCCUUGAUACAGGAAAUAUUGGCUCAAUCAAAAGUGUCUUUCGCACCGAGCAUCGGGAUGAUCAAGAAAUGUAUUGAAUCGUUGAUUGAUAAGCAGUAUAUCGAACGGACUCCCAACUCGGGUGACGAAUAUAGCUACGUGGCAUAAAGAUGUCUUCUGUAUUAAACAAUAAUUUAUAAACUUGAUUGAUAAAUCGUUUCAAAUGAAAUUCUA